CCUGGCUUCCCCUCAACACACAUAAUCAACCCAAUCACCUACCUACACCUAGAGCCCUCGAGAAACUCACUGACUGACCCCAAGAAAGAAAAAGAAAAAAAUGACCACCAAACUCACCAAACCCAUCGCCAUCAUCGCCGGCGCCGGACCCGGCACCGGCGCCUCCAUCGCCCGCCGCUUCGCCCAGACCUACCCGGUCGUCCUCCUCGCGCGCCGCCAAUCCAGCCUCGACCCGCUGGUCCAGGCCAUCAACCAGUCCGGGGGCACCGCCCUCGGCAUCCCGGCGGACGUGACCCAGCCCGGGACGAUGGAGGCCACGAUGCAGCAGAUCGAGGGCGCAUUCGGCGGCGCCGACCGCCCCGUCACCGUGGCCGCGGCCAUCUUCAACGUCGCCAGCAAGUUCUCCCGCGCGCCGUUCCUCGACUCGGGCGCCGAGUUUCUGGCCAGCCUGGAGGCGACCGCCCGCGGCGCGUCGAAUUUCUCCCAGGCGGUCUUGCCGUUCUUGCUGCGCGCUGCCGGGGAGACGCCCCCGGCGCGGUUGGCGCCGACGCUGAUUUUUACGGGUGCAACGGCCUCCUUGAAGGGGGGGUCCGGGCUGGGCUCCUUCGCCAUGAGCAAGUUCGCCGUGCGCGCGCUGGCCCAGUCGCUGGCCCGGGAGUUCGGGCCCCGGGGCGUCCAUGUGGCGCAUGCGAUCGUCGAUGGGAUCAUCGCGACGGAGCAGACCAGGGGGUACAUGACGGAUAAGCCGGACGCGAAGAUUGAUCCUGAUUGGAUUGCGGAGACGUAUUGGUUCCUGCAUAGCCAGCCUAGGUCUUCGUUCACUCAUGAGUUGGAUCUUCGGCCUUAUUGUGAGACGUGGUGAGGGGAUUUCUUGGGAGUGGUUUGUAGAAGUUGUAAGAUGAAGUACCAGUAAUAAGCAAGAG